UAAAAUUCAGUAUUCAGUUUUCAAUGUUCAGCUUUCAGUUUUAUCAAACAUCACCUAAGUGCAUUUAUCUUUUUUUGUAAGGUCAAAUAUGUUUUCAGGCGUGUUUAAACGUACCUCUAACCUUAAGAGGUAUACAUGGGAGUAGUCGAGCAUUCCAGCUACUCUCUGGCGAAAUUCGGGGAGAGAUUCAAAUGGAUCUUCCAUCACGAUUAUACACAUGAAAUUGCUAUUACACAACUUAAAAGGGGUGAAUAGGUUAAUUGAAAUUAAAGCUUGAACAACCACCAAUUUUUUAACAUAAACUAUUACAAUUACCAAUUAGUCAAUGUAUUAGCCAAUUGAGUACGCGAAUCUUUUUUUACCCACAAGAAUAUCCCUUCUUAUGAAUUAGUGGAUGAUUAGUGUAUGUAUACAAUCAACUCAACAACCCAAUCAUUCACUCCUUUGAUCCCACUGGUAAGCCAAGAAUCCCCAAAACCCAAUCGAUGAAUUUGUCAAAUAGAGAAUUUAAACAAUCGUUCUAUCGACCACAUUGAGUGUGUGGGCUAUUGCAAGUGUGUAUGAAAAUUAAAGCUAUAAAAGAUCAUCCACAACACAUGCAAUUUGUUGAUGCGAAAAUCCUCUCACGAAAAAUUGUGGAACUGUUCUCAGUUUACCUAGAUUAAUCCACUAAACACAAAGUCAAUUUACAAGUAGUCGUCCUAUACCUCAACCAAUACCAUAGUUAGAUGCACCUUUCCAUUGUAAAUCUUUCCUCUUGAAUCAUUACCAAAAUUAUGAGUAGCUUCACUUAGAUGCGCUCACCACAAUAAACCAUCUAGGCUCUUCGACCAAUCUUCUAGGAUGCACCCAAGAUCCUCAAAAUGCACACUCUCCAAUAUGGGUUUUGUUGAACUCCAAGCAAUAACUUCUUUUUCAAUGUAUGAGGUUGAAUCGGAAUAAUUAAGAUGGUUUGCCCUUCGGGGAUUAGGGAUUUAGGGUUGUUCUUAGCUCCCUAAAGGUUUAGGAGGCAGAUUUCAAGGUCACAAUAGAGCUACCCUAGCUUGGAAAUGCUUACCUUAUUUAUAGGUCUAAAAUUAGGUUUGUUUUGGAGUCCAAGUAAACACAAAUUUGUGAGUCACCGCUCUAGCUGUCAGAGAGCGGUGAGAAGAUGGUUGUCACUGGAAUGAAAAAUGGUUCAAACUAGAUCUGUAGAGCAGAGAUUGCUGGAGCCGUCUACAAACCACUUGCCACUUGAGCGGCUAGAGGGCAGUCACUAUUGCCUAACUCAUCCGCCUUCUUCGAUUUUAGCCUCCAUGGCAGUCCCUACUGGUAUGUAAGUUAGAAACCAAACAAAAACUAGACCUAUUGAGAACUAAGGAGUGUUGCUCAAAUAAGAUCUGAUAUAUGAUUUAUUUUAUGUUUUUCAAAAGUACAUUUAAGGUCUAGAAAAUCUUUUUCAUGAAAAAAUUAGAGUCAUUUGCUGAUGUUCUUAAUUCCAAUUCUAUUAUUCUAAUUAACCAAAGUCUAUAAAUAAACCAAAGUUUCCUAGGUAUCCAGGUCAUUACCUUUGUCCUAAGCAUUGAAGGUUCGUUGGAGAUCUCUUGAUUUGGCUUUGUAGCUUGAACUCCGUCCUUGAUGUUUUCAGAACUUGAUCUUUGAAGCAUCAUGACUAUAGAAUUAAGUUGAGAUUUACAUUAAGACUUCACGAAAUUAGCUAAUUACAAUCAAUUUCCUAUAACAUUCUCUCUCUCUCUCUCUCUCUCUCUCUGAUAAUGUCAAAUUUUGGAUCCCAGAAUCAGGUCAGGAUCUUUCAUUCUUUUCAAUAAAUGUUUGGUGCUUCAAGUUCAGGAUGUCCACUGGCAUGCUUCAUUUUGCGAGAUGUUACAAGCAGAGAGUCUUGCGAAAGUCCUUCCUGGAGUAGAAACUGUUGAAGAAGGUGUCAAAAUCUACAGGAAGUUUUACUCACUAGAGAAGGAAAAGUCAAAUGGUGUUCUUGCUAUAUGCGUUACAAAACCAGCUUUGCAGCUUUACAAUUUUAUGGCUAGCAUGCUUUUGGUAGGUUUGCUUACACUAUAA